UAGUAGCACGUCAAGACUCGUGUUUAGUUUUUGGAAGCUGUGUUUUGCCAUCUUUUUGCCUCAUAAAUCCCUUUAAUCCCAUUUUAAAAACAUUUACGUCUAUUACGCGUAGAUUACCACUGGUAACUGACGUAGGAACAUAACAUAGUUUACACUUACACGUGUUGCCUUACUAACGCAUCAACAGUUUUUAACAUCCUCGGCUGAAUCGAAGUGCUGAAGGAAGAUACGUGACAAAGCAAGGUCUUCAAAUCACUUAUUUUGUAACUUAAGUAAUAAACCGCCAUAUAAGCAUGUUUAAAGGUAAAACGGGAUGGUUCUCCAGCAGUGUUGGACAGGGGAUAACCAGCUUCUGGGUGUCCGAGGGGGGCGCUGUUUCUUCCUGGAGAACAGCAGAUUACCUCUUCAGUGAUGAUGCUACUGCUGAAGACACUAAAAGAAUUUAUGACAGUGAGGACUAUAUGAAGAACAGGGCAACAGUUUUCCACAGCGACUUCCUGUCCACCUGUGAACUACGAGAGAGUGUUAAAUCUGUGCCUAUUGGCCACUAUGUUUUGCCGCCAGUCGCCAUACAAAACGAAAUGAGAACACUAAUUGGAAGGUUUAUUUGGGAUAAAGAUGAACAGGUAAUGUGUGAACAACAAAUGAAUACUGAAGUUUCUGAAGAAAACCUGUCUGAUAAGACUGAUGAUCAACCAGUGAGAAGAACAAACAGCCAGGAAGAUGGUCAAACUAUUGCAUCACCGAACAAUGUGUGUUUGUGCUGUGGGAUGCAGCAGUAUCCUGUAAACAACAUGAUCUCAGGAUAUGUUGAAAUUGGCCAAAUGAAGAAGUAUUCAGGGGAACUUCAUGAUUUCCUUCCCUCCCUCCAUGGCCAUACCGUUUCAAGAAUCAAUGAUGAGACGCUUCCGUAUUGUAGAUAAAAAAAAUUUUUUAAAUUGUUUUAUGUAGGUAUAUCUCACUGAUCGAAAUAUUUGUUGCCAUUUUAGAUUCUGCUCAUUUCAGAGUUAAUCUGCCUUGUCCACUGUUAUAUCUUACUUUUCCUAGCAGUAUGAAAUCCAAUACCUGUAUGUGAAAAUAGCUGAUAAGACAUUGUUACAGAGAACAAAAAUAGUGUCAUUAUUAAAAUGAUG